ACGUGAAAAAACAGGUUUACUCGAAUUAAUUUUGAUCGUCGUAUUUUCGUUUAAAUGUACGCGAUGAACUCAAUGAUAAUGUGGCUAUACUUUUGAAGUGCACUGACGAUCUAUGAUAUAAAACGGGACGGUUUGAUUGUUGUAAAAAUCUCGAAAAUUUUCGUUGAGUUUUGAAACAGACGUCAACAUGGCGGAUUCGUCAGCCAAUGGAGAGCCGUGUGUCCUCAAUCAUGUUAUUGAAGAUUUCCUUAUUCAAGAAAGUAGUUGGCCUUUCACGGUAAAUGGAGAAACAUAUGAGUUUGGAAAGCUGCCGACAGAUGAACCAGAACUUCUGCAGCCAACUGCAUUUUUUGAAUAUGAUACCGAAGCUUUCACAGACAUGCCUACAAGCGAAGAAGAGCAAAGUGAAAACACUUUUGAUGGUGAAAAUUGUUCAUAUUGUGGCCGCACAUGCUCUGCAAUGGCAAGAUGUUUUGAAUCCAGGAAAUUCUGUUCCAACACAUGUGCAAGAUUAUUUGGAAUCCCAAAACACAGGAGACGCAGCAGCAACAGUAGUGGAAUAGGUGGCAAAACAAGAGGAGGUUGGAAGAAUUACUUUCAGCGUAGAAACAAUGUAACAUCAAGAAAAAUUCCUAGAUCAAAUUUCAAUAAGUCAUAUGAAGCAGCAACUCAAGUUGAUGAAACUAUUUUGAAAGAAGCGUUUAAUGGAAGGUGUGAUAAUGAACUUGACUGCUUAUGGCAGCUCGAAUACGUUCCUGCAGCUAAAUGGAAUUCAAAACAAGUUGCAGCGUUUGUGAGGGAAAUUAAUGGAUGCAGCGAAUAUGCAGAAAGUUUCAUUGCACAAGAGAUCGACGGCUACGCAUUGAUGUUGGUCAAAGAAGAACAUCUUGUAGUUGGGUUGCAAAUGAAGUUAGGACCGGCGCUUAAAUUGGUUAGCCGAGUCAAUCAGUUGAAAUCAGAAGCAUUAGAAAAGUUAAACUUCAACAAUGGAUUGAGAACGGGAUGAAAUAACGUUGAGAACUGGAUAAAGUAACGUUGAAAACGUGUCUCGUUUUAUUGUCGCUCUUUCCUCAGUUUUGCUACAUAUGAACUUACGAAGGAGAUUCCAUCCAAUCACUAUGUUCGCCAGUUCUAAUCAGUUGCGUUUAGUGGUCGUGGCUAGUUGACUAGGUGUUCGUGCAUUUUCACAAGUUUCUGGUAUAAUAAACAUCAAUAUUAGCCAUAACAUGUUGAGAGUGUUUGUGGCAUAUCAACCAACGAAGUUAGCACAUAGCUAAUCAACCAAUAAAGUAUACUUGUGACGAAUCA